CACGCUCUUUCUCUCUCUCUCACUCAGUCGACGGCGGCUCUCAAGCAGGCAUGCUCGCGCGGCUCGUGCUCGUGCUGGCGGUGGUGGCCGCCGCGCCACCGGCGGCCACGGCCUCCUACCUGGGCGACUGGCCGCUCUCAGGUCGCGCCUCGCACCCCACGUGCGUCGACAUUCCGCGCAACAUGAGUCUGUGCCACGGCAUCGGCUACCACAAGAUGCGACUGCCCAACUUGCUCGACCACGACACCAUGGCCGAGGUUUCGCACCAGGCGAGCUCAUGGGUUCCGCUGCUGGGCAUCAAGUGCCACUCGGGCACGCAGCUCUUCCUCUGCUCACUGUUCAGCCCGGUUUGCCUCGAGAGGACCAUCUACCCUUGCAGAUCGCUGUGUGAAAAGGUCAAACAGGGCUGCGAAGACCGAAUGCUCACCUACGGCUUUCCCUGGCCGGACAUGCUCAAGUGUGAGAAGUUCCCUCUGGACAACGACAUGUGCAUCUCGCCGCAAUCAAUCAACAGCAACUCCUCCGAAGCAGACAAGUGCCAGGCGUGCAACCAGCCCGAGACGUACGAGAACAUCCUCGACAACUUCUGCAGAGCUGACUUUGCGGUGCGGACCAAGUUCCGGAAGGUGCGCAAAAACAAGCUGAUGAGCAACAAAGCCAAAGUGCUCAAGGGCCCCACGGAAAAGCCCCUGCUGCGGCAACUGCGGAAACCCACAUUCACCCUGCACCCAAGCGAUACUUGCUGCGAGGACAUCAUGCGCGGCAGUCGAGAGUUCUUCCUCGUCAUGGGCCACUUCCGAGAGGGCAAAAUGGUGCCCAGUUUUGCCAUGCCCUGGGCCAAAGACUCAAAGGCUUUCAAAAGAGCCCUCAAGAUGUUCAAGAGCAUCAACUGUUCGGAUCCAAAGCUGGUCUCCCAGUUGGUGAUUGUCGGUGAGGACACGGCUAACGCCAAUCGAAGGAAACGAGGAAAGAUGAGGCGCAAAAAGCCCCAGCAGAAGCCCCCAAGGAACGGCACUCGAACCCAACAAGCUCGAGCCUCUUCGAAACUGUGAACGUCUCUCUUUUCUAUCUCUCUCUAUAUUCCUAUCCAAUUCAUCCUGUCUGAACGAGUCAGCACAAACAAAGUAUAAAAUUGGCCCAGCAUUAAUUUCAAAGUUCGAAAGGAGAAAAUUAUUAAGUCCGAGAGUUUUUUGAAAAUUUUUGCUGGCCCAUAAAAUUGUAAAUAGUGUGAUUGUAAUAUAUAAUUAUAGUGUAUGUGCAAUUUGCAAAAGCUGCUGCAGUAGAAGCCGAGUUUGUUUAGAUAAAUAAAAUUCCCCUUAUAGGAUUAACAGAUG